GACCGGGCGCGAACAUAGGCGGAGAGUUGCUGUGGCGCUUUCAAAUUUGAGUGAUUUUGAAAUAUUUGCAAAUCGAGUUCGAUAGUUCUGAUGGCAACGCGUACAUCUAUGGAGACAGCACGGAUUGUAGUAAUUGGUGCGGGACCCGCUGGCAUUGCCGCUGCUACAAAACUAUUAGCGGCUGGUUUUCGCAGUGUCGUAUUACUUGAGGCUGAGAAUCGUAUUGGUGGCCGCAUUUACACGAUACCGUUUGCCGACAACGUAGUCGACUUGGGGGCCCAAUGGUGCCAUGGGGAGAAGAAAAAUGUGAUUUACGAGACAUUGGAACGACAGAAAUUAGAUUUGGUGGAGAGCACCGGCGAUGUGUACGACAGCUACAAAUGCAUUCGCUCGAACAAAGAGAUAGUAGAGGACAGUGUUGCUGAACCCCUUAAGGCGAUCGCAUUUAACUCUAUACCCGAGAGGCAGCAGGGGCUGUUGAACUAUGAGGGUUCUCUGGGUGCAUAUCUGACUGAAAAGUAUUGGGCGGAGGUGGCCGCCCUUCCCACCAAAGUUGACCCUGUUCUGGCAAGGGAGUUUCUCGAAAAUUUCAAGAAAUUUGAAAGUUCUGUGGAGGCUGCGGAUCACUUGUUUGAGGUUUCUGGCAAGGGCCACUUGGAAUACUGGCUAUGCGAGGGGGAGCUGUUGCUGAACUGGAGGGAUAAAGGCUUCAAGACGUUUUUGGAUAUACUCUUGAAGUCCGAUAGUUCUAACCCCUGCGGUAUGCUAAGCCAUCGAGUGUUGUUGAAUCACCGCGUCCAAAACAUCGAUUGGUCCAAUCCCCAAAACAUCAAAGUGAAAUGCUUCAAUGGGCGCGUUUUAACGGCAGAUCAUGUGAUUUGCACUACAUCCUUGGGCGUUCUAAAAGAGAUACACAGCUCGAUGUUCCAGCCAGCGUUACCAGCCUCCAAAGUGAGAGCAAUUGAGGGCCUAAAGUUGGGUACAGUGGACAAAUUUUUCAUCGAGUUCAAGGAUGAAUUCUGGCCAUCUGACUGGACCGGCGUUUGUUUCCUCUGGCUGGAGGAGGAUUUGAAAGUCUUGAGAAACUCGGAUUUAUUUUGGUUGGAGAGUGUAUUUGGUUUCUACCGUGUCUCCUAUCAACCGCGAAUCUUGCAAGGUUGGAUAAUUGGACCUCACGCACGACACAUGGAGUCGUUGUCUGAAGAAGAAGUCCGUGAUGGCAUCUCUUGGCUGUUCCGAAAGUUCCUAAAAUUCAGCGUGCCCGAACCACAGAAUUUCCUACGCACCCAGUGGUUUUCAAAUGUCAACUUUCGAGGCAGCUACACUUUCCGCUCUCUCCUCACCGAUGAGUUGCGUACCGGAGCGUGGGAUUUGGCGGCACCACUCAAUACCAGCGAGGGACGUCCUUUGCUGCAAUUCGCCGGCGAAUCGACUCACAACCAUUACUACUCAACGGUGCAUGGCGCUGUUGAGUCCGGAUGGAGGGAAGCUGAACGUUUAAUGGAGUAUUAUAAAAUGGUGCCUUCCCAUUUGUAAUCACCAUUUCCAGGUUGACAAAAACGACAAUUGUAAGCCUAUGAGCCAAGACUUUAACCUGCUCUGUGCUGACAUAUUUUUUUAUUACUAUUGUAUUUCACUUAAUUGGAUCUUGAUACUCUUGCCUUUCAUUGAAAACUGGCUCUAGGUGUUGCUUUUUAUAUUUCUGUAUGUGAUAAGUUUGUGCAAUAAAUAAAUAGAUACAAAAUCAAA